CUGAAGCAAGCUUGCAUCAGUUUUAUCUAUUUUCCAGACGAUAAACAGUGCCGGUUGAAGUUUCUCUUGUUUUAUUGUUACUAUACCAAUAGACAUGGCAUCUUACAGUGUGAUCAUCUAUAAUUUGACUGGGCUUCCGGGAAAAGUUGGUGAUGUGACAAGUAAUGGUUCAGAAGAACCAUGUUUCACUCCAACGAAUGUUAAUGAAAAGCCAAGUCUAGGAUGGGCUAUUAGCAGUGGUGAGAAAAUUUCAGGCAGUUUUUCUUUCGCAAUAGAUGGAGUCAAAUUCCAAUUUGAGUUUAAUUAUACAAUCCGACAAGACCCAGUGUUUUCUGUGGAUAAGGAUUCUAGUGGGAAGAUAAUGAUAGACUAUACAAAAAAACCUGCUGCUGAACACAACAUUGCUCAUUGUGCUGUUUACAUACAAACAAAGUAAAAGACAAAGUGAGCAUUCUUGGUAAACGGUGAACAUUCUUGGUAAACGGACACUCAUUCUAUUGUAGUUUAGAACUUUUAGUACUUUUUAAGAACUUCAGGACAAUUUUUUAAAAAUAUUUUUUGAUUAAUUAUUACUUUUAGGAACUUAGGACAAUUUUUAAAAAUAUUUUGAUUAAAGCAAUGAUAAUAAAUAUCACGCAAGUACAAGCUAUCUUAA